GUAUUUCCUUUUCCGGGUAGUAAGGCAACAACGUUGUGGGAACGGACGGAACCGCGCGACCAAACUCUUAAUUGUCAAGAAAACAUCUUCCUUUACGGUGUGAUAAACGUCUCUAAGCGGACCCUAGCUUAGUUAUUUUCACCACGCUGGUGUCCACAUACCGGCUCACGGAAACGAGAAAGCGUUUGUAAGACGAGAGAAUGUCGCUUCCUAAACGGGAGGUGGAGGAAUUGAGGCCAUGGGUGGAGCGCACUGUGAAGAAGAUGCUCGGCUUCUCAGAGCCCACCGUGGUCACCGUGGCUCUGCAGUGCGUGGGGAAAGGUCUGGACAAAAGAAAAACAACAGACCAACUGCACCCUUUCCUGAAUGAAUCAGCCGGGAAUUUCGUCGAGCGUCUCUUCGAAGUGUUGGAGGAGAGCCGUGGUUCCCGAAGCAGCAAAGGAAACGGAGAAAAGACCCGCAAGCGAGAGCUGAAGGACGCAUUCAGUGAUGAGACAGACACGGGUGGAGUGAAAAGUGUCGCGACGCCCGCCGCCGAUGGCGCGGCACCCAAACGCAAGCGGGUGGCUCGUUUUCAGGAAGUGGAGGAGCCCGAGGUCAUUCCGGGACCGCCGUCGGAGAGUCCGGGCAUGCUCAGCAAACUGCAGAUCAAACAGAUGAUGGAGGAAGCCACCAAGCAAAUUGAACAGCGAAGGAAACAACUGAACAUUACAUCUCCUGCUCAGCAGACACAAAUGGAAUCUCCCAUGUCGCGCCUUCUGGGCCACGCCAGCGUAGGCGGCUCCAUCAUGCCCUCGCAGGCCGCCAGCUUCAUGAACGACGCCAUCGAGAAAGCUCGCAGGGUGGCCGAGGAGCAGGCGCGCCUGCAGUCGCAGAUGCCGGUGAAGCCCAACAUCCUGGGCAUGUUGGGGAACUCCAUCCCUCACAACUUUGUGGCUCUGGCCAACCUUCACGCCAUGGGAAUCGCCCCACCGAAAGUGGAAGUGAAGGAAGUGAAUAAACCAACACCGCUCAUUCUGGACGACAAGGGCAGGACGGUGGAUGCUACCGGCAAAGAGAUCGAGCUGACUCAUCGCAUGCCAACACUCAAAGCCAACAUUCGGGCGGUGAAAAGGGAACAGUUCCGUCAGCAACUCAAAGAGAAGCCUGGAGAGGAGCUGGAGUCCACGUCCUACUUUGACAAUCGCGUAACUCUGAUUGCAUCCCAGCGGGCGCGCAAAACCUUCAAGUUUCACGAGCAGGGUCGGUUUGAGAAGAUCGCUCAAAGAAUUCGAACAAAGGCCCAGCUGGAGAGGUUACAGAACGAGAUUUCCCAGGCCGCCAAGAAGACGGGAAUCCACGCCUCCACCAAGCUGGCUCUGAUCGCUCCCAGGAAGGACAUUGGCGACAGCGAAGUGCCCAACAUCGAGUGGUGGGACUCCUUUAUCUUGCCCACCAACAUCGAAAUAAAGCCAGAAACCAAACUUGAUGAGGUGGUGCUUUUCGGAGUGACCAAUUUAGUGGAGCAUCCGGCCCAAAUUAGUCCUCCUGGUAAGUUCGACAAGGACAAACCGGUCACGCUGGGCGUUUACUUGACCAAGAAAGAACAGAAGAAGCUGAGACGACAGACUCGACGGGAAGGCCAAAAGGAAGUACAAGAAAAGGUCCGUCUUGGACUGAUGCCGCCACCGGAGCCCAAAGUUCGCAUCUCCAACCUGAUGAGAGUGUUGGGGACCGAGGCGGUUCAGGACCCCACCAAAGUGGAAGCCCACGUCAGAGCGCAGAUGGCCAAGAGACAAAAAGCCCACGAAGAGGCCAACGCGGCGCGCAAGCUCACGGCUGAGCAGCGCAAAGAAAAGAAGGUGAAGAAGUUGAAGGAGGAUCUCGGCGGAGGGGUUCACAUUUCCGUGUACAGGAUCCGUAACCUGCAGAAUCCAGCAAAGAAGUUCAAAGUGGAAGCCAAUGCCAACCAGCUCUACCUGACCGGCACUGUCGUCCUGCAUAAAGACGUCAACUUGGUUGUGGUGGAAGGAGGCCCCAAAUCUCAGAAGAAGUUCAAGAAACUCAUGAUGCACAGAGUCAAGUGGCAGGAGCAUAACUCCAAACGAGACGAUCCGGACGGCGACGACGACACUAGGAGGAACAACAAGUGCUGGUUGAUUUGGGAGGGCACGGCCAAAGACCGCUCCUUCGGGGACAUAAAGUUCAAGCAGUGCCCCACAGAAAACAUGGCCAGGGAACACUUCAAGAAACACGGCACAGAACACUACUGGGAUCUGGCUCUCAGUAAGAGUGUGCUAGACAGCGCCGACGAUUGAAGACCUGAACGGGAAGAACACGAGGGCUUCAGUCCCACGGUUUAAAAGAGACUCGUAGGCCGGCUUCACCUGGCGUCGGACUGACUGACCGAUUGACACGAACUUGAAACAGUAAAAGGGGUUAUUUCUGCUGGACACGCCGAGUGGUGGGUCAGGCUGUGCAAGAAGACGAUCAAUCAGCCUUUGUGAAACGCCUGGCAGAUAACGUAUGUAUGGUAAGCGAGUGAGCGAGCGUGAGUGGGGCUUAUGUAUGGCUGUUUUCUUUUUUUUUUUUUAGCUUAUUCUGUAAGAUUACACUGUGAUAUAAAAGAUUUAGCCACACAUUUCUGUUAUGAUAGGCCACUGCAGUGUAUCGAGUCAAGGUGUCAAUAAAAGUUGAUCCCUUCAGUGAA